UAGUAUAUAUAUACAGGCAGGACUUUUUAAUUUAUCCAUCAUGCACAAGGGAGAAAUUAAACUCUUACUUUAUUUCUUCCUCUGGGUACAAGCUAAUAUGUUUGGUUUGGCUUCUAUAAUAUGUCAUCUCAUUGCAUUCUCUCAACAAUGCUUUGAAAUGGGUCUUAUACCCAUUUUAUAGAUGAGGAAACUGAGGCUCAGAGAGUAAUUUGGCCAAUAUAAAACAACUAGUGAGUGCUCAAACCAGAAAUCAAGCCCAUGCUGCUGGACUCCAUGCCUACAAAUGUAAUAACUGGUCCUCUGUGGCAACUAGAACUUCGCUACAGUCACAAGUUGAACUAAACUGAUAGGUGUGCCCUUGAAAGUUCCAUGCUGCAGUGACAAGAGUGCUGAUGGUGCUCGGGAAGGGCUGACUUCUAGUCCUGACUCCGCCACUCAUAACCUUUAUAAUAUAAGGGAAUAAAGUAGGUGGCAAAGUGCCCCUAGGAUUAGCAUCAUUCUGACAGCCAUGAUUUGUCAAUAUUUAGUCACCCUGACCAAGGGGUGCUUAUUUUUAAGGUAUUUUGCCAAAAACUUUUUGAGUCUGGUCUUCGUAUAGCCCAGUGGUUUUUGAAACUAGAUUCCUACAGAACAUUGGAGAGCCAAGAUGGAUAGAGGUGUGUCAGAUUGAAAAUAAAUAACAAUCUCCAUCUAAUUUUCAGUCUGAAAUUUUUCAUAAACCCUGAAUACUAAUCUUGACUGAGUUUCACUGUAACAGGGUGAAUUCACUAUAAUAUGGCUGAUUUAGCACAAAAGUAUGCAUUUAAUUACUCUGUGGUAGAUAUUCAGUAUUUUAUGGUCUUCUCCCAAGGAACAUCUUGAUUUUCAGGGGCUCUGAACCCUGGACAUGUAUGAAAUCAAUGGACCUUGAACAGUAGUCCUCAGACCAGCAAUAUCAGCCUCCCCUGGAAGCUUAUAGGAAUGCAGAUUCCCACACCCAGACUGCUGAAUUAGUUAUUUUAGGGUCAGGGUAGGGGGUGGGGUCACCAGUCUGUGCUUUAGCAAGGAUUCCAGGUUAUUCUGACAUGCACUCAAGUUUGAGAACCACUGGAUACCUUACAUGGGAGGAAAUAAUCUUUGUGUUUGGAACAAUUACAGCCUAAACAGGAGAGAAAGGAGACUUCUUUAACAAGGACUGAACUCAUUGCCAGAACUUGAAAGAUCACUUCAAAUCUGACACCCCCGCCCCACAACGUAAAUCCUAUAGUCCGGGGUGUCACUGCACAUUCUGCCUUGUGCUACAAUAAUGUGGAUAUGUAGCUUAUUUCCCCAACCAGAGGAUAGGCAUUUAACAAAGUAACUUAAGAAAUACUUGUUGAAUGAAACUAUUUGCUCCUGGAAGUCAGGAUCCAGGUAAAAAUCCUUUUCAGUUUCAGCUGUUCUAGCUCAGUACCCUCUACUUAGGGAGUAAAUAAUGACUGAAUGUCAAUCCAGACAAGUCACGCUCCUUCUCUGAGCCUUAGGUUUCUCAUCUUAAAAAUAAGAGGGUUGUAUCAGAUGGCUGGCCUUAGGUCUCUUUCAGCUCCAGAUCAUCUGUGGUUCUCUGUUUGGAGAUGUUCUUACCCAGAGACUGGCAGAGGGCUCCUGGAAUUCACUGCAAAUUAACCUGAUAGCACAGAGAAGGAAGCGGAAGAUAAAGAUCAAAGACAAAUGGAAUACAUAGAAUGUGAAUAUGGCUUCCAAAUGUGACUGUUGAACUACUGACAUUUUCUCUUCUCCUAUCCCUCUUCUUUUUUCUUUUCUUCCUUCUCCUCCUCUGUUUCUGCCCCUCAUGCAGAUGCACCCUCAGCAGUUGGUUGUUUCCUGGUUUUCCCUGGUUUUGCUGGCAUCUCCCAUCAUGGCCAUAUGGGAACUGGAGAAAAAUGUUUAUAUUGUAGAAUUGGAUUGGUAUCCUGAUGCUCCUGGAGAAACAGUGGUCCUCACGUGUGACACUCCUGAAGAAGACGGUAUCACCUGGACCUCAGACCAGAGCAGUGAGGUCUUGGGCUCUGGCAAAACCUUGACCAUCCAAGUCAAAGAGUUUGGAGAUGCUGGGCAGUACACCUGUCACAAAGGAGGCGAGGCUCUGAGUCGUUCACUCCUCCUGCUGCACAAAAAGGAAGAUGGAAUUUGGUCCACUGAUAUUUUAAAGGAUCAGAAAGAACCCAAAGCUAAGAGUUUUUUAAAAUGUGAGGCAAAGGAUUAUUCUGGACACUUCACCUGCUGGUGGCUGACAGCAAUCAGUACUGAUUUGAAAUUCAGUGUCAAAAGCAGCAGAGGCUCCUCUGACCCCCGAGGGGUGACGUGCGGAGCAGCGUCGCUCUCAGCAGAGAAGGUCAGCGUGGACCACAGGGAGUAUAACAAGUACACAGUGGAGUGUCAGGAGGGCAGCACCUGCCCAGCCGCCGAGGAGAGCCUGCUUAUUGAGGUCGUGGUAGAAGCUGUGCACAAGCUCAAGUAUGAAAACUACACCAGCAGCUUCUUCAUCAGGGACAUCAUCAAACCAGACCCACCCAAGAACCUGCAACUGAGACCAUUAAAGAAUUCUCGGCAGGUGGAGGUCAGCUGGGAGUACCCUGACACGUGGAGUACCCCACAUUCCUACUUCUCCCUGACGUUUUGUGUUCAGGUCCAGGGAAAGAACAAGAGAGAAAAGAAACUCUUCAUGGACCAAACCUCAGCCAAAGUCACAUGCCACAAGGAUGCCAACGUCCGCGUGCAAGCCCGGGACCGCUACUACAGCUCAUUCUGGAGUGAAUGGGCAUCUGUGUCCUGCAGUUAGUACAGCCCAUCUUCCAGGACAGAACCUGUGAGCAAAAUAUAUUUGGACAAGACUUUCUCCAGAGGGUCAUAUUAUACCAAGGAAAUGAAUUCCCUCUCUCAA